AUGUCGCUCUUCCCAUCGGCCUUCGGGUCACCUGGCGCAGCCGCCUCGAUCGGAUCCGCUGCGGCGGGGAAAAAGCGCAAGCGCCCAAGCUCGGGGAAGGACGACCAGCUACGCGCGACCCAGGCCAACCUCACCAAGUUGAUGGAGCGGGUGGACGCCGGCUUAUCCGAGAAGGGGGGAAUGGAGGAGAUCGGAGCCGGGCUGGGCAAGAAGGGAAAGAAUACGAAGAAAGUGGUGGAGGAGGAACCGACCAUAAAGAAGGCCAAGGGAAAGGCCAAGGGCAAGAAGGACACUGCGCCCAAGACCAAGUGGGCCGAGACGGACGAUGCGAGCGGGUCCGGCGCCAACAACGUUGUGGUUGCGCCUUCCUCCAGAUUCACUGGUGCUAAGGCCGCACGCGGCAAGCCUGAACCGUUCGAUCUGCCUAUGCCUGCUAUGCCGAAGGCGGAGAAGAAGGACGACGGGCUCACCGACAUGCAGCGGGCCAUGAAGACGAAGCUGGAGGGGGCGCGUUUUAGGUGGAUCAACGAGCAACUGUACAGCACGAAGAGCACGGACGCCGUCCAGAUGAUGAAGAAGGAACCCAAGAUCUUCGCGGACUAUCACCUGGCGCACCGGGCACAGACGGCCGCCUGGCCCACCCCGCCCCUCCCCCACAUCGUGGACCAGAUUCGGCCUCUCCCGCGAGGAACGGUUAUCGCGGACCUGGGAUGCGGCGACGCGGGCCUCGCACGCGCAUUAGUGCCGGAGGGCAAGGUAGUUCUCUCGUACGACCUGGUCGGGGACGCCGGUGUACCGGGUGCCGACGACAAGGGGACCGGUGAGGGGUGGGUCGUGCGUGCCGACUUCCUCAGCCACGUGCCCCUUCCUGGCCGGCCUGGCGGUCUGGCAGUUACGGACGCGAGCAAGGGAUGGGCCGACAAGGGGAAGAAGCUCGGCAAGAAGGAGAAGCGGGACAAGGCGGCGAGCGAGGUCGUUGACGUCGUGGUAUGCUGCCUCUCGCUUAUGGGCACGAACUGGAUCGGAGGCGUGUAUGAGGCCGUGCGGGUGUUGAAGUUGGGGGGAACACUGCACAUCGCUGAGGUGACGUCACGCCUCGUAUCCCCGGAAGCGUUUGCGGAAGUCGUCGCGAGCUUCGGACUCGUGCUUGAGGAGCAGGCUCAGCCUAGCACACACUUCACCCUGUUCCGGUUCACGAAGCGCGCUGUCCCCCAGGGCGCGGUGCGCGGUGAAGCGGGAUGGGACGCGCGCGUGCGCGAGGGCGAGGACGUGCUCCGCGCAUGUGUGUACAAGAAACGGUAG